CCUCUCUAUCGCAGCUGGUUGUUUGAUGACUCCUCUAUGAAGGUUGUUUUUUAGUUGUGUGCCCACAGUCCUGGAUCAUUAACAGUUCUAAGAUGGGGGACCAUGUUGAGCUACAGAUCACCCCAGAGACUCCAGGCAGGCCUUCCAUAAGAAAUCCCUUUGAAAGUCCUAAUGACUACCACCACCUCCGUGAACCCCUGGUGCCAAGCCCAUCUGUCUUUAAGUCCAAGUCUUGUAAAGCUACUCCACCCAAGUUUAACUGGUCAAUUGAUGAAAUGGCCAGUCUUCUUCCAGUACACAUAGACCCAGAGGAAAUCCAGCGACAGUCUUUUUACCUAAGCCAGACAAGGACAGAUUCUGACAUUGAGGAAAAGCGUCAGAAUGCUAUCGAGCAGUUUUUCACCAAAGGAGCCAUUGUGCCGUCCCCCUGGGCAGCACCAAACUCUCGUAAAGCCCCUCAGAUCUGUAAGAAAAGUUAUAUGUCUGCAAUGAUUGCGGAAGAGCCAGAAAAAAUCUCAGUUGCUUGUCAGACAACUCUUUCAUUGCCUUUGGCUUUUGAUUUGGAGAAAGUACUAGGCGAAUAUUACCGCUGCGAGGAAGCGUGUGAUGCUAUGCAGGAGAGUCUCAGUUCCUCCUCCUUAAGACGAAAACUCUUCCUUGAUGGCCAGGGCAGUUACAGUGGCUCUGACAGCUCCAGCCCACCAAGCCCAGAGAGAAGCCAUGUCAGGCAGGAGAGGUCUUCUCUAACCCAAGGAGAGGAAGCUGUAGGACGGGUUGAAGGUUCUGAGGGAGAAGCUAUAUCAUCUAUCUUUUCCUCCCCUUUAUCCUGUGGUGUGUCGGCUCCAACUCCCUCCACGGGUCAGUUCUCGUCCAGCCCCAUCCAGCAUGGCUGCUUCCGGGACUGCAGCCUUGGCAGCAUCAGUAGCCCUAUGUUCCCUGAUAAGUCGUCUCCUGCAGGCCUCAUCUCCCCCACAAUUUCACCUAUUGUUGCACAUACAGCACGCACACCCAUAGGCUCAGCUGAGAGGAAGCAGCCGAGUAAUUUGACUCCACGUGGUGCCCCCCUGGACAUAGAUGUCACUUCCUUCAAUGAGAGUCCAUUUGUCGAGGGUUGCUCUCCCAUUCGUAACUGCUCCCCACACCAGCUCCAUUGUUACAGCGAGCCCCAGCACAAUGCCAGACCCAAGCCCAGGCCCAGAGUUCGCUACUGGGCCUCCCCUCCGCUCAUCUCCCCCAUCCUCAACCCUAAGCUCCAAGACCAUCAGGAGGCUGAGGACCCACUCCCCUCCUACUCCUCUUCUCUCCCUUCUAUGGAGCUAGAUCCAUCGUCACCCCUGGCCCAGGACGCUCACCCCACUAACACUGAGAGAAAUAGCCUGGAUCCUAUGGAACCGGUGAAAAUGGAGGAGGGCAAGGAGAUAUUUGUAGAAGUGAGGUUGGAGGAUGAAGAGGAGGAAGCGGGAGGGCUUUCAGAACAGCUUACCAGCUCUCGCAUGGUCAAUGUGUCAGUAACAGAAAGCUCUCAGAUGUUUGUUUCUAUUCUGGCAGAGGGAAGCAGCAUACGCUACGAUUCAAGCAUGCAGGUGGACAGUGGGUACAACACCACAUCAGCAGGCACCGCCAGUCUUAUUGAUGGCCUCAGCUCAGAUUGUCACAGCAAAGAAUCCUUCAGUUCAAACUUGGCAGAGGAAGCCUUUCAACUCACUAGACACAGUAAAAUGAAGGUAUUUUAUCCUCACCACUGAGCCGCCUGAUGUAUUUAAAGGGACGCCUCUUCCAGUGGAAGCUUACCGUGAUAAUUUUGCAAUGAAAUGUAACAAAGUUUACACUAUGUUUGAAGCUUUUAUGUCAAAUGAAUUUGGUUAGGGUGAAAGGGGUCAACUGUUAAUGAACUAUGGACAGAAGUGAAGUGGUUAUUAGUUCUGUUUAGGUUCAAGUUGCCUGACUGAAGGCAAAUGCUUUACCACAGUAUGUUUUAUCGCAGGUUGGAAGGGAGAAGACUAACCUGUAGCACAUCUUAGUCCUAUUGUAAUACACUUAAAAAUCUACAAUUCUAAAAACCAAGUAUACUGGUGUGGUAAGGGGUAAGAAAAAAAGUAAUUUCUGUAUUGAACUUGCACAACAGUAACCUCCUGGAAUGCUGUAUUGAUACUAAUGCCAUAAUUUCAAUUUAUCUUGGUGCUGACAUGAUCGACCUGAUAGAUCCUGACUUUCAGGUGACAUCGGAUUUGUACUGUAUCUGUUUUUAUAAAACUGUUUAUCAUGAUGUUUUUAUAUGACAAGAGCUUUUUUUUCUUUUAUUGAAUGAGUAAGAAUUGUUAUAAUUCUGGUUAUUUGUGCAUCUUACUUGGACUGUUAGAAUAUUUAUUCCAAAGUAAGACUCACUGAAUAAUGCCACUUGUAAAUUAAAAGCUGAUUGAGCCAUUUUUUUUUUUUUUUAAAAAAACAAUUUUUCUAUACUUAAAGCAUGGGCUGGAUCGUUGUCACAUUAAAUUAACUUGAAUUCUA